AUGUUCUGCCAGCAAAACCAGCAGAAGUACCAGCUCCCCAGCAAGAGCCUCCCCAAAUACCCACCUAAGCGCUUCCCUCAGGUUCCUCAGGCCCCUCAGGCCCCUCAGGCCCCUCAGGCCCCGGCUCCCUGCCUGCCUCCCGCCCGCACCCACUAUGUCUCCAGCUGUUCUAUCUCUGGCUUUGGAGGCUGCAGCUCUCUGGUAUCCCAUCGGUUCCCAAGCAACUACCGACGCCAGCCCCAGCCUUCCAGCUGCUUAGACGUGGAGCUUGCUGGAUGUUCCAGUUGCUGCCACGGUUUUGGGGACUACAGCUGA